AUGAGCGACCGCAGCACCCGGCGCAACCCGAGGAAGAAGUCCCGGUACGAAUCAAGCUCAGACGACGGCCACUCAGCAAUCUGCUCCGAGAAGGGCGGCGACAGCGACAGCGGCGGGAGCUACGCCCCAGCCAGCACGGCCUCGUCGCGGAGGCGGUCCAGCUCGCGGUCCCAUCACCAUUCACACCACCACCGCGACCACUCCCGCUCCUCGCACCGCAGCCACUCCCACAGGCACCACCAGCGGUCCCACCGGCACAGCCACCACCACCACCGCCGCCAGAAGCUGCUGGGCCCGGCCGAGGAUGGCGAGAAGGCGCACGACGGCGGAAUGGCCCUCGCGGUCCGGGAGGACUACCAGGUGCAGACGGUCCCGCGCGCACACCACCGUGGCGACGAUUCGGACGACGGGGAGGAGGUCUACGACCACCGGCCCAAGCCGCUCUCGCACCGCGGCCACAGCCACGCGGGCGUUAGUAGCGCCGGCGGUCGCGGCGGGGCGCGGGCCCAGCAGGCCAGCGACGCGGACAAGGGCUUCUUCAUGGCUGCCGCGGCGCUAGCCGUCUCGUUGAUCAUUUGCUGCGGCGAGGCGGAUAAUGACUGA